UUAUAGUUUUAGGUCAUCAUUGAGUAGCUAAGUAAUACUGGCAGGAGCUAAAAUGGAUGACAUGACUGAUUUCGAGGAGCUGAUAGACCUAAACAUAUAUUUUCUUUCUGACUCCCAAAAAAGCACAGAGGGACCUUUAAAUGACGUCCUAGACGAAAUGUGCGAAGCUAUGGACGAAAGAAAUUUAGCAAUGGAUAAUAAUAUAAACAGUAAUGGAAUAAGUAAUAAUCCGAAAGAUCUACACGAAAACACGACUAACGUAAACGAACUAGAAAGUAUUUCAGUACCUGGAUGCCUUGGUAACGAUAGUGUAGACAUAGAAGAUAAAGAUAAAAUAAAUUAUUGUAGUUUUACUAACACUUUUGAACAAAACGAUGAUAAUAGAAUCAACGAAAGUAUCACAAAUGGCAUCAUAGAAGAAUUUGCAAGUAUUUUAGCAGCUACAUGGCCUACAUGCUUGGAAAACGGUUACAUAAAAGAUAAUACAAAUGAAAUUACCACUAAUAAUGAAAAUGAGGGUAAAGAAAUAGUUGCAAACGAAGUCAUCGAUUUGGACGAAUUUGAAGAACUUUUAGCAAAAAAUUGCUUUGGUAAUGAUUGUAUAGAAAUAGAAGAUGAAAGUGAAACAAACGACAUUGGUGAUACAAGUCAACAUGGAGAUAAAAACGAGUUUGGGCAAAUAGUUUCAAAUGAUGAUUUAGAUGAUUUUAAAGUAGAUAGUAUUUUAGUAACUGAAUACUUGGAAUACAGUAAUUUAGAAGAAAUAAUAGAUAAAACUGAUGAUACAAAUGUGACAAACGACGAAGUAAUUGAUUUAGACGAAUUUAUCAGCCAAAAUCUAUUUCUUGAUAAAGAUAGCACUGGAGUUGAAAAUUGUAACAGUAAUACUACAAGUCUCGAGAAAUAUGAGAUUAAUAAUAUUGUACCGUAUGAAGUCCCAGUAGAGUUGGAAGUCGAAUCUGACAACAUAAAAGCAACAGAAAUAUGUGAAGAAAAAUAUAUAAAUUGUCAUUCCGAGGAUGGCUACGAUUCAUCAGAUUUCGAAUUUAUAACAGAAGAUGAAGCGUCGAAAGCGGGACUAAUCACCAAAUUUGAUAAAAUUACUAUCGACGAAAAUAAAUAUGCACUAAAAAGCGCAGUAAAAAUACCUAACGAUAACAUUGGUAUAUCAAAUUCUCGCAAAAAUGAGGCAAGUCCGUCAGACUACAUAAAAUAUAGCAAAUAUAGAUACAGACGUUGCUACGCGCACCGCAGCCCUGAGCCCCACGUAAUGCCCGAAGGUGAACGUUAUUUGGACAUGUUCAGAGGUCAAUAUGCCCCCAUAGUACUGAAUAAUCUGUUUAGUAUGGGCAAUAAGAAAUGUGUGCCUUCGGGACUUAUGACCGCUGGGACCGAAGACCCAGGUGCGGAACUGUUGUUUCGCCCUCCGGAGGAUGAUGUUCAUUAUAAAAAAUAUAAGGGCGACGCCGAUGAAUGCCUUAAGAAGAUUCUUGCCACCUACCCCGCAGAGAAUAGAAAGAAACGUAGAUAUUAG